AUGGCCGAAGUAAUGAACCAGUUCCGUGAGCAGCAGGCGACUGACCUGCUGGAGAGCAUCUGGGGGCAGUGCCGGAUUGCCAUGCUGGCGCAGCUGGUGGCGGAGGCGACGGCGGCGUUGACGGGGUGGACGGGUGUGGUGGGGCCAGGAGGAGGCGGCGGCGGUGGUGGUGGUGGAAGUGGAGGCGGUGCAGAUUGGCGUGGAGUGGAGGCGGCAUUGUUUUGCCUACGUGCCGUACAUGUUCCAGUCAAGGCCGCUGCCCUAGGGGGUCGAGCUGGCGAACUGGAUAACCCGCAAGCCGCGGCCACAGCUGCCGAGCUGCAGGCUUUGCUAGGUCGUCUCUUUAGCGACAUCUGUUCACCCUCGGGUGCGGUGGCGGGGUUGCUGCAUGUCCCAUGGGUCUGUCUGGCGGUGUGCCGACUGAUUGCAGAGUACGCUGCCUGGCUUGGAAAAGGGAAAGAUGCGCCCCUGCUGGCCGCGAUGGAUCUGCUGAUUCGCGCGCUGGCGGUGCCUCAAGCCGCCGCUGCGGCUGCGCAGGCUUUUCGGAAUUGCUGUGUCCGUGGCGCGGAGCGACUUACCGGUGACCCGCCCGCGUUGUCGGCGCUGGCGGCGGCAGCCAUGACAGCAGUGGCACCGCCGCCGCCGCCGGCAGGCGGCGGGGCUGGCGCCGCAGCGGCGUCGUCGUCGUCGGCGGCCGUGUCGUUGGGUCUUGAUGAGCGUUGCGCAGUGGUGGAGGGGCUGUCGAGGCUGGCGUCCAGUCUACCGUCGGAUGCAGCGGCGGCGGCGGGAUGCGGUUUGAUGGCGCCGUGUGCGGCGAGGGCGCAAGCCGUGGUAGCAGCUGCGGCAGCAGCGGGCGGGCCGUUGUCCCCAACCACCCUGGCUGCCCUGGCUGCGGAGCUGGGCCUUAUGACUGCAGUGGUGCGAUACCUGGAACCACCCGGUCCUCCACCACGCGCCCAUGUGGGGGGACUGCCCGUACCGGGGACUUCCGGGCCAGUGGCGGCGGCGGCAGGGGCGGCAGGGGGGCCCCUGGAUCACCCAGCGUUGCGGGCUUUGCAGGUGGCCUGGCCCGUGCUCAGUGCUGUGGCUGGUGAGCCUCAGUGCCAGACGGACCCGGGGGUGGUGGAGGCGCUGGCGGAGCUGUACAAGAUCGCGGCACUCGAGGGCUGUGUACAGAUGAUGGCUGCCCUCAUGAACCACAUGCAGACAUCAUCUUCCGGCCCGGCUCCCUCCCCCUCCUUCCCGUCCUGCUCCUCCCCGGGUGAGCUGGCCGCCUCUUUCUUCACUCUGGUGGACCGCUACCUCAUAUUCGCCAGGGAGCUGCUGCUGGGGGGGGAGGGAGUGGCGGCACUGCCCGCCCUCAUGGACUGGGCGUGCAGGAUCCUGGUGACCAUGCGCGAGCGCGAGCCAGCGGCGGCGGCGCUGUCCUUCCUCGGCCACUUGCUAUCGGCGGCAGUUCAAGUAGCGACGGAGGAGAUGACUGGGGCCGGCAGCGAUGGGGCCGGACGGCCGGCGGCAGCGGCGGCGGCAGAGCUGCGGUCCAGGUUAGACAGUCUGUUUGGUCGCUACGGUCCCCGUCUGGUCCAAACCCUCCUGACCGCGGGAGUGGACACGUGCCCGCUGCAGCUCGCGAGGGCACUGGCGGGCUGCCUGGCGGGGCUCACUGCGCUGGCAGAUGCGGGGGCAGCGGUUGCAGAGCUUGUACACAGUGGCAAGCUGGGUGACGGUGGCUCCCUCGCCGCCCUCUUCACGGAGCUCCUGCUGAGGGGACACUAUCCCCAGGAUGCCGCCACCACCACCACCACCACCACCGACCAGCAACAGAAUCAGCAGAACCAACAGCAGCAGCUCCUGCCCCCACUUACAAGAGGUCGGCUGGACUCACUGGUGUCAGACUUUUUCAAGCUAGCACGAGAGGGCAUGGAAUAUGUUUUGAGCCUGGAGAGCGUGCGCAGUACCUACAUGCCAAUAUGCCUGCACCACCGGAUGGCUGGUAGCUCCAAAAUCCUCUGGACCGAAAUCAAGGCAUGUGACCGGGUAGGGUACAUAGGGUGGUACGUCGUGACAUGCCCGCGGUGGCUAAGCGACCUUCAUGGCAGCCGCACGUGUAAGUGCAUGGGUGCUAAGGAUCUCCAACUGUUAACGUACGGUGGGGGCCCACGGCCGCUCUGUCCUCCCUCCGAUCCUUCCCCUUUGUCACUUGGUAAUCCAAGAAGGACCACCAGCGCCGCGGCCAAUCAAACCACGAGGCUUCACCUGCUGUGGUGCGUGCUUGUGCUCAAUGGAAAAGAGCCGCUAGGGCCGGGCCGGCGCUGGAACAGCGGAGACACCAUGGGCUCACGACAGAGCGCACUGCCUAGCUAUCUAUCCAACUGUCUGGUAUGA